GUACAUAUUAACAUAGCAUUUAGAGCACAUGAUCAUGGUGACAUAAAUCCAUUUGACGGGAAAUUGGGUGUUUUUGCUCACACUCUUACUCCAAGUAGAGACAAUGUACAUUUUGAUGAUUCUGAAAUAUGGACAACGGGAACAAAAAAAGGAACAAAUUUAUACCAAGUAGCAUUACAUGAAUUUGGCCAUAUGUUAGGAUUAGAUCAUACUCGAGUGAAAUUUGCAGUGAUGAGACCAGUUUACCCAGGAUACCAUCCAAGUGCUAAAUUAAAAAAUGAUGAUAUUGAAGGCAUUCAAGAACUGUAUGGUGAGAAUAACGUGAUGGAUUCAUAUGAAAAACAAAUAUCUAAAAGACACACUUCUAAUCAAAAUAAUAGUGUUGAUAAUUUUAAUAAUAGACAUUGUAAAGUUUUUAAUAUUGAUACAAUAUUUAUAUCAAACUCAGGAGAAAUUUAUAUGUUUAAGGAUGAUAGUUUUUGGAAAUGGACCCGAAUUGGAUUAGCAGAACCAUAUCCAAAACUAAUUUCUGAUAAAUGGAUAGGAUUACCAAACAAUAUUGAUGCAGCAUUUAUUCAUAAGAACGGCCAAACUUACUUUUUCAAAGGCUCUAAAUAUUGGAGAUUUACUGAUACUUCUAUAGAUAAAGGAUUUCCUAGGGAAAUAACAUUUGAUUUCAUUGGUAUACCUAACAAUAUUGACAGUGCAAUGAGUUUUAAUAACAAGAUAUAUUUUUUUAAAGGUGAAAAAUACUGGGUCUAUGACCCAACUAAAAAACCUUCAGUAUCCAAUGAGUAUCCUAGACCUUUAAGUGAUUGGAAAAGUGUGCCAGCAAGUAUAGAUGCUGUUUUUAGUUCCAAUGAUAAUAUUAUUACAUUUGUAAAAAAUGACUUAUAUUACAUCUUUGAUGCAACGACAUCGUCAGUACAAACACAAGAUUUGUCAUUGUAUUUAAAAGAUCUCAAAUGUAAAUUCAAUUAACUUCAAAAAAGAAAAAAAAAAUUUAAAGAAGAAAAAAAACAUAUAAUUAUUUAUUAAAAUUAUGAAUAUCUUGAAUUUUGUUUAAUAAAUUAAUAAUUUUAUUUGUCAUUUAAUUAUUUUU